UCAGUCUCAGUCCCCAUUGUUGGCUGCUGCUGGGUCCACGUCGCUCCGCCCCUCCGUGUGUGGAGUCUGAGUCCGGCGGGAUAAGGGAUCUGGUCUCCUCGAGCAGCCGAUCAGCUGGACUUCUUCCCAGGGAGACCCAGGAAGCAGGAAGCCGGAGGGAGGGAGGGGGACUCAGGCUGCAGAGAGUCGCCGGACUGACCCGACCACAUCCAUCCAGAGCCCGGGGGGUCCGCAUCAUGUCCUUCAGCCCCAAACACUCCACCCCCUUCUCAGUCUCCGACAUUUUGAGCCCGAUGGAGGACAGCUACAGGAGGUUCGGAGGGAUGGAUCACACCACGGGGGGUCUCGGGUCCCCGCUGGGCCCCUACAGGCAGACCCAGGUCUCCCAGUCCGGUACGCAGCAUCAGCAGCAGCAGGCGCAGCAGCACCAGCCGCCUCAUCUUCACCAUCAUCACCACCACCAUCACCAUCACCACCUGUCCUCCUCCUCUUCAUCCUCAUCCUCCUCCUCUUCCUCAGCCUCAGCAGCAGCAGCAGCCGCGCUGGGACCCGGAGGGCCGUACCACGUGCCCCCCCACGGGGUCCCCCACGGGGUCCCGCAGUUCUCCGGGGCCGUCGGAGGAUUCUGUGGGAACGAGCUGCCGUCCUACCAGGACACCGUGAGGGGGGGAGGAGCGGCCUGGUACAGCAACCCGGAGCCCAGAUACCCCACAAUUUCCAGAUUCAUGGGCCCCUCCAGUGGGAUGAACAUGUCCGGGAUGGUGGGCUCUCUGUCCGGGAUGGACCACAACACCAAGUCCAUGGUGACCCUGCACUCCGCGCCGCGCAGGAAGCGGCGCGUGCUCUUCUCCCAGGCUCAGGUCUACGAGCUGGAGCGGCGCUUCAAGCAGCAGAAGUACCUGUCCGCGCCGGAGAGGGAACACCUGGCAGGACUGAUCCACCUCAGCCCGAACCAGGUCAAGAUCUGGUUCCAGAACCACCGGUACAAACUGAAGCGGCAGGCCAAGGACAAGACGCCGCAGCAGCUGCAGGAGGGAACCGGAGGAGGAGGAGGUGGAGGAGGAGGAGGAGGAGGGAGUCUGUGCCGCUCCUCCUCAGUGUCCCCGGUUCUAUCGAAAACCGGUAAGAGCUGCAGGACCGACUCCAGCAGCUCCAACCUGACCGGGGAGGCCAUGCAGGGGGCCCCGCAGCAGCAGGUGAACCAGCAGCAGCAGGUGAACCAGCUCUCGUCCACGGAGGAGCUCGAGGAUUUAUCCCCGAGUCCUCCUCUGGGACUCCACGCGCAGAUCAACAUGACGCAGACGGACGCGGCGCUGAUCGAGUACACGAACAGCAUGAUCGGGUCCAAUUUACUGUACGGGAGGACUUGGUAGGGACCCCUGGAGGGGGACUGAUGGGACCCCUGGAGGAGGUCUGAUGGGACCCCUGGAGGAGGUCUGAGGGGACCCGGACAGGAGUUGGAUUUUUUGGAGAACAUUAAAGGCCUCAGACUUCUUUUUAAGGUCUUUGUCUCCGUGCGUAAACUUCUGGUUCUGGUUCCUUUACGCACGUGCGGCUCAGAGGACGCGCUGGUCUGAGUAACAAGGUGCCAAAAUAAAAACUGUAUAUUAGAGUCAGGAGCUGGAGUCAAUGUUUCUAACUAAGAUCCAUCCCUCUGCAGAACGACCCGUUUGUUAAGUCCCUUUUAUUGUUUUGUGAUUUUAAUUAAAACUCUGAUUUGAGGAGAUCCAGGAGGAAGCUUUCCAUUUCUAUCAGACACAUUUAAAUUAUUCCAGGUUUGAAAUGUAUUCUUUGAAGCUCUUUCUCAGUUUAAAUGAAAUAUUCUCACUAAAGGACAUUCAGAAGAUAUUCUUACAGAUUUUUUAUUGUUUCAGGUUUUUAAUUCAAAUAUCGGACAUGUACAUGUUUUUUUUUAGAGAGGCUGAAAUGAACCUCUGUGUUUUUAAAAUGAUCUCAGAAACGAUGCAGCAGCUCCAGGAGGGAUGAAGAUGAUGAAGAGGAGGUUUUAACUCUGAUGCAUGAAUGCUCCACGCUGCAGAUAUUCUUCAGUGUUUUAUUCCACAUUGUUUUUGUUUUGUAAUUCUUCUGGGAGAUUUAUUAAAAAAGAAGUGACCUUUAAAGUGUUUUUG